AUGGCGCAUCUUCUUUUGUAUGUGGAUGAUAUCAUCUUAACUACCUCCUCUGAUGAUCUUCGCAAGUCUAUCAUGACACUUCUCAGCUCUGAAUUUGCUAUGAAGGAUUUGGGACCACUCAGUUAUUUCUUGGGAAUAGCAGUUACUCUUCAUGCAGGUGGUUUAUUUUUAUCUCAAAAGAAGUACGCCGAAGAGAUCAUAGAACGAGCUAGCAUGUCGUCUUAUAGGCCAAGUGCCACACCAGUUGACACCAAACCAAAGUUAAGUGCCACCUCUACCUCACCAUUUAAGGAUCCUUCACUUUAUUGCAGCCUGGCAGGUGUACUGCAAUAUCUCACGUUCACGAGACCAGACAUUUCGUAUGCUGUGCAACAGAUUUGCCUUUUCAUGCAUAACCCGAUGGAGGUCCACAUGAAUGCUCUCAAACGUAUUGUGCGCUAUAUUAAGGGCACCCUUGAUCAUGGCUUGCAUCUUUAUCCAUCUAAACCCACCACUCUCAUUUCGUAUACGGAUGCAGAUUGGGGUGGUUGUCCGGAUACCAGGCGUUCGACUUCUGGUUAUUGUGUCUUUCUUGGUGAUAAUCUCAUUUCUUGUCCGCCAAGCGGCAGGCCACCAUGUCUCGAUCCAGUGCGGAGGCCGAAUAUCGAGGGGUAG